UGCAAAGCCAGGGGUAAGCAAUUCUCUCAAAACAAAUCCGGAAAACAGACUGUGGCGCCCUGACAUCAUGUGCUGUAAAGUCUCUUACACAGAAAACACACAAAACCACAGAAUUCUUUGCCAGGAGUGUUCCAGGGGGUCAAGGGAACGCCUUGUAGGGGUUGCUUUCUGACAGAAUCUUAGGCUUGUCUUAGAACACUCCAGUGGCAGCAGCACCUCAGCAUGUCCCAGUGUGUGCGUCUUCUGGUCUUUCUCCACGGAGCUCUCGCACUUCUGGCGAAGGGGGUGCUUGGUCUGUCAGACGAGAGCAGCGACAGCAGUCCUGGACCCAGGAAAAGCUACUACAUCCUCCAGAUGCUGCCAGUCCAACGCGUGAAGGGGAAUCCGGAGAAUGCCGGCGCCGGGAACACGGCCGACGCGCCAGCUCCGGGGCCGUCCCGUGUCGGGGGCGCGACGGAUACGGUGAGGCCCGCGGCCGGCGCGGUGGCCUGUGUCCAGCUGCCGCCCGCGCCCCGCGAGCCUCGACGCGACCCCGCCGCUCCCGCUCCGCCCUGGACGGGGAGCGCAGCUCGGGGAGGCCCUGACCCCGCACCCCCCGCCCAGGCCGGGCUCCCCGACAGACAGCGAGGGGCCUCUGUACCCAGGCACCCGGGGGACCCCGGCACCGUGGCGGCCAGGCUUCCCCCGACGCCCCGAGUGCUGCGUCCUCCGGGUCCCCCCACGGACGGAGCCCCGCGCAGCACCGGCUCCCCCGCCGCCCCCGCCGCCCCGGAGCCCAGAGGGGACGCGUGA